CACAUGAUGUUUCAUGAAGAGUUCAAGCUCUUUGGCAGACUGUUCUCUGGUGGCGCUGAGAAGAUCAUUGGCCCUCAGGAUUUACAUGUCAGUGAGCACAGCCACAGCUCACUACGACUCAGCUGGAUACCAGCUACAGGGAAGGUGAUGGGGUACCGUGUCCAUCUGCAUCCCUUGCUGCCUUUGGGGCAGCCAGCUUCAGAGGACCAGCAGCAGAUUGUGGUGGAUGGUGACAAAAGUACCGUGCUGGUGACUGAUCUGAAACCCAACACCAAGUAUGUUUUCAAGGUGAGAGCUGUCUAUGCAGAUGUCCUUGGGGAGUCAGCAGCUGUCAAGGGGAAAACAACACCUGUGCCUCCGGUCACUAAUUUCCGUGUGAUAGAAGAAGGACUUUUUAGUUUGAAGGUGGCUUGGACACCUCCACUGGGCAAGCUGGAGGGCUACAAGAUCUACAUCCCCAGAGCCAACAAACCAGGAAUGACCUACGAGCAGGUUUUGCGGGGCGAUGUCUCUUCCCAUGUACUAGAUAACUUGCAGGAGGAUAGAGAAUACAGCAUCAGCAUCUCCGCGGUGUACCCCCAGGGACCAAGCCAACCUGUGGCUGCUGUGGGAAGAACAUUGAAGCUCCUGCCUGUGAAAAGCAUCUUGCUGCAGAACGAGACAACCAACACGCUCCAGGCAAGGUGGAGUCCUGUCCGGGGAGCAACGGGGUACAGACUCACCUGGACAUCAGCAGAGGGCAGCAUCCAAGAUGUGAACCUCAGCAACACCUACAGCUACUACAUGAUUCAGGGGCUACAGCCUGGCACAGAGUACACCAUCACCAUCAACCCCAUCUUUGGAGAUGUUGAGGGACCAGUAGUUAGUGGAAAAGCAACAACAGUGGCAUCGAGCACCGUCCAGAUGCUGAAAGUGAGUGAGAUAUCCAUCAACAGUGCUCUGGUCUCCUGGGACUCAGUUGCUGGGGCUACUGGGUACCGAGUGGCUUGGGGUCCUACACCAGAAUUCUUUGGCAAAGACCGUCCUCGCCAGCUGGCCCUCAACAAGUCCAUCACAGCCUACCAGCUCCGCAACCUGGCCCAUGACACCGAGUACGUGAUUUCCCUCUAUGUGCUUUUUGGCUCGAUGGAGGGACCAGGGAUCACAACCUCAGCCAGGACAUCUCCUCUUGGCUAUGUCACCAAUUUCAAGGUGAUAUCCUACACCAACACAAGCCUGUCUAUAGCGUGGAGUGCCACAGCAGCUGCCACCAAAUUCAAAGUCACCUGGAGCCCUGUGGGAGCAGGCAAAGUAAAACAGGUUGCCAAGACUCAAUACUUGGGCAGUAGGGUGUUGACUUACCGGAUUGACCACUUGCUGCCCAACACCCUGUAUAAAGUCAGUCUUCGAGCUGUCUUCAACAAGAUCGAGGGGCCAGAGGUGACUCUGACUCACCACACAGCAUCUCUUGCAGACUCCAACCCCACCCAGACCAUUCAAGAUCUGAGGAUUAUUGACACUGGCAUAAAUACUUUGAAGCUAUCUUGGAGGAGACUUCCUGGAGUAACUCAUUAUAAGAUAUCCUGGGUGCCAGUCAGUGGUGGUUUGGAAACCUCCCAGGUGGUUGCAGCAGAGACAGACUCGUUCACCAUCCCUAAACUGAAGGAGAGCACCACCUACACCAUCUGCAUGUCUGCAAUGAUCAGGGGACAAGAGGGAAGCCCCACACUCCUCACAGCCAAAACUUUGGAUUUACCCAAAGUGACUGAGUUCACAGUACAGGAAGCUGCAGAGACCAGCAUUGUGCUGACUUGGACAACUGUUCCUGGGGCAUCCACCUACCUAUUAACAUGGCGCUUGUUCUCAGCUUCUGAUCUUUCCCAGGAACUGUUAUCAGCAGCUUCUAGAUCAUAUCGAGUGACAGGUCUGAGCACCAAAGAAAUGUAUUUGUUUUCCAUAAGACCAGUCUUUGGAGAUACAGAGGGACCAGAGACAACACUCCUUGGGCAAACAGUGGGACCUCACAGAGAUUCACCUGCGCCAGUUGCUCCAGUGACUUCUUCAAAAUUGGAUACCAGGAGAUCCCUGUUCAUAUCUCCUAGCAAUGUGGGGACCACUCCUCUCCCACUGGCCACCACUACAAAGCUACCACCAGCCCCAGAGAUCUCACUAUCGACCACUGCACUGCUCACAACUCUCCCUGGGCCAAUUUGUGGCAAGUUCAAAGCAGAUAUUGGCUUCCUGGUGGAUGAGUCCUCGAGUAUUGGCCAGAGCAAUUUCAAUAAAGUGAAGGAUUUCCUCUUCCGGAUCGUUUCCUAUUUCCCUAAGAUUGGGCCUGAAGGGACACAGGUUGCUGUUGCUCAAUACAGUGAGAAGCCCAGGACAGCCUUCCACUUCAACCAGCACCGAGACCGCAACAAUGCCCUGAAAGCCAUCAAGGAACUGCAUUAUGCUGGAGGCAACACAAAAACAGGUCGUGGUUUAACCUACAUGCUAAAUGAGAUAUUUCAGUCCUCCAGAGGGAUGAGACCAGAUUUCCCUCAUGUCCUGGUCCUCCUGACUGAUGGGCGAUCUCAAGAUGAUGUGUUGCAACCAGCCAGAGUAGCCCAUGCUUUGGGAAUCCGCGUCAUUGCUUUGGGUGUCUCAGGAGCUGACCCUGUUGAGCUCAACAGCAUCUUGCUGCAGCAGAACCUUCAGAAUGUUUUCUAUGUCAGCACAUUUGACGACUUCCCCCAGAUCCUCCAAGAGCUAAUAGAAGUCAUUUGUUCUGACCCUCAACCUUCAGGGACCCAGCUACCAUCUGGGGAGGUUGCCAGACAUAAAGCUGACAAGCAAUUACCAUUUGGUGACACAGAGAACAAACCACCCAUCCCUGAUCCAUCAUCAGCUGAGCCAAAUAUCCAUAAAGAAGAGGAGUCGUGUGGUCCCUGGUGUUUGAAGAGCUCCAGGGGCUCACCAGUUCAUGGACACUAUGGCUCAUACAGUUUGGCUACAAAGGGAGAGAAAGGAGAGAGGGGAUUACCUGGAAAGGACGGAAUUCCUGGGCUACCGGGCAGACCAGGGCGGACAGGUCCUCCUGGUCCUCCUGGACUCAUGGGUCUCCCUGGCAUCCAAGGUGGUAUUGGAUCUCCUGGCUAUCCUGGACCAGUGGGACCAAAAGGAGACAGAGGUGAACCAGGCUAUGUCCUUGGAGGAGUGGAGGUGAUUCCAGGACGAAAUGGGCAGCCUGGUCCCCCUGGACAGAAAGGGCAGCCAGGGGUUCCUGGGGUAGCAGGACUACCAGGUUUACCAGGGCCACAGGGGCCACCAGGGAUCUCCAUCAAGGGUGAACCAGGGGAUGCAGGUAUCAGGGGCCCUCGUGGGAGGAACGGCCUCAAGGGUGACAGAGGAGGCAUGGGAGAGCCGGGGAAACCUGGCUUGCCAGGCACUGUAGGGCUAGAUGGUGUUUCUGGACUGCCUGGACCAAGGGGAGAAAAGGGGAUGAUGGGACCUCCAGGAGUACCAGGACCAAAG